AUGCGUCCAUCGUCGACGUGCACGCCUGCGAGUGACACUUGGCACCGACGGUCACAAGGGGAGGGGGUAGAUGGCUCGAUUCGGUUGCCGAGCCCGGCAGCCGCAGCGACUUCCGCCUCGCCAAAGACUGUGAGUUGCUCAAAGUGUGUAUUUCUCCCACAGCGCGGAGGUGGCCACCGUUUCCGCGCUGCUCUCACAGAGUCGCCGGUGAACAUUGCGGUCAUCGCGAGGCAGUGCACUUUGUCUCAUGGCAUCGUGCCCAUGACGCUUUCUUAUUAUUACCGCAUAUGGUCGCCAGGCGAAGCACUGCUGUCAUCGCUCUUGUCAUAUAUGUCGGCUGCACCGUUCCUCUUGCUGCGUUGUUUUCUUUCCAAUGCAUUAUUCUGCUCGGCUUUGACUUUCUCAGUCGCCGCUAUACCGAUGCGUACCUCGAUAAGCGCACGGCGACGCACUGUGCAGAUCGCAGCGAGCAGGCAGCAUCGAGCCAUUGCCCAAGGCGCAGCUGGGCUGCAGCUCUCCCCUAAUCGCCAAGGUCAAGGAAUGAUUGGGGCAGUUAUUGCUGUCGAUGGCAGAGGCGCGCGAUCGGAGCUGCGGCUCGGUGUAGCUGUGCGCGCGUUUGCCACAGCGGCGACGCCGUCCCUCCCCGGAGACAGUGAUGCGCCGCCGGCUUCCCUGGAGUCCUUCUUGGACCUCAAUGAUGCACCUGUGCGUCCUGGGCUCAGCAACAGCAGCGUCGUGAGCGGUGAUGCAGCAAGCGCGUCGGAGAAGAAAGAACACACGCAUCGUUUUAGGGCCAAGCAGCAGCGCCAACAACACCUGCAGCGAGAAGCGUCAUUUCGAGGCAGGGAUGGACAGAGAGAGAGAAGAAGAGGCUCGCAGGGCUCUUUGCACCAGCAUGAGCACGGCGCGGCCACCCGCAGGAAGAGAUUGCGUCACGUACAGACUCUAGUGCAGCAGCAGGAACAGGAGCAGCAGCCGGGCCCUUCACCAAAGAAGGAGAUGCGCUUCGUUCACUCGUCUGGUGACCGUGACGGCCCAACUUCCUCGGCGGUGGCGUCCUCGGCCGCAGGCGCUUCUGCCCAUGGUCGGCAGGGCUCGUGUCCCGAGAGGCAAAGUGGCGCUGUGAGCGCCUCGACCGCACCCCUGAGAACGGCCGAGGAGGAGGAGGUGAGCACGACAUGGAGCGAACCCGCGGGGCGUCGGGGUGGCAGCUGCUCUAAACGGGACCGUUGGAGCGCUGGCGACGCAUUCGAGACGACUCAGUCAAGGUGGUCUGCAUCAUGCGUCCCCUGCAUGCCGUCGUCGUUUAACCGGACGCCGGACAUUCUCGCAACGACGCUUGGAAACUCGAAAUCAUUGAUGCAGAACGCGUCGCCGUCUCCUCCAAUGCCGGCUCGCGAGGUUUACACGAACGCUGGCGAGCCGAACUGUGCUGCGCUGCGCCGACUUGUCAAGUCGCAUCCCACCUGCCGAAAAAACUACGAGACACUACGUCGGUGCGAGAAGGUCGCGACUGCAUUUGAACGUUGGUGCGCCGAGGCAGUGGCGCACAGCCGCUUGGUGGAGCACUUGGCCUCAGCAUUUGGCAGCGCUAGCCAAGUGGGGGCCCCGGUCCGCCUCCUCCUCACAGGUGCCUCCGACAGAGUUGUAAUGGCUGACGCAGGGGACGAAGCGGCUACCUCUACCAGCAUGUCAGCAGCCGAGACGCUGGCAGUGCUGGAGGUGCCGCUUUCGGUGGUGGAGUGGCUCAACGAGCCCAUCGUCGUGCCGGAGCUGGGUGCAGGGACCCUCGUAGAGGCUAUGAACAAGGUGCUAUCACUUUCGAACGUGAACAAGGAGCCUGUGAGCAACAUUGAUGGCGCUGGUGCUGGCGAGGCAAAUGACUCGCCGGCUGCACUGUAUCGAUGUGAAAGUCACGAGGCGAUGAAGAUAUGGUAUGACGCGUGGGGGCGCCUCGAGGACUAUCGCAAAGCGGGGGCAGGCCCACCCAACGGUAACCCUGCGCCGGCGGCGCCAUCGUUGAAAGCGUCCAUGGAGUUGUGGCACCGUAGACAAUGUGCACUGCAGUAUGUGUUACUCUCUCAUUUGACUGAAGGCAGCUGUCCUUCAGUAGGCGCUGCACUGCGCGCCUACAAAGCAGCUUGUGAGAGCGUUGACACUCGCGACGUGCCUCUGGUCGUCUGCGGCCCUACAGCAGCUGCCGGCACCAGCUGCGCACCAGCUCAGCCUGACGAGCACGCACCGCUGCGGCCAGACCAAGUCGUGGAGGGGGCAAUGCGAGAGCUGCUUCCCUAUCUUGCCGAGUUUCUCCAGACGCUGAGCGCCUUCAAGGCCGCCCGCGAGGAAGUGAAAAUGCAGGCGGAGUACCAUGCACUAGGGGAAAGCGCAACAGCAGUGCAGUCAAAACCCGGUACAGUAGCUGCUGCCGCUGCCCAUGGAGCAUACACACGUCUGUGCCGUGUUGCGCGUCGAUUUCGUGCGUCACCGCCGGCGCAGCUGCACCCGCAACCCGCAGCCUCUGGUGCCCCAGGUAAGCACUGUAGCGACGGUUGCCGUGAGGAUGAAGAGUUAUGCACCGCGGCCCAGCAGUACCUCAUGUCGAUUUCGAAGGUGGACAAAGUGGCGUCUCAUUCAGGCCAGUCACCAUCAGAGCUGAAGAGUGCGGCGACUGACACCAGCGCCCAUGAAGAAGCUGGAGCACAAUUGCCAUCAAUGACGUUGGCUGAGCAAGCGGGUGCGGUACCGACCUACAGCGCAGCAGUGCUGGACAUCUGCAUUGGCGUCGUUCUGCGUUGUCUUCUUUUUUACUUCCCAGCGCUUUCUGCAAACGACAGGCGCUGCGUGCUGCAGCAGCUCAACGCCCCUUGGCUGACACAAGCGGCUGAGGGGAGCGCUCGAGUUGCGUGCUGGUCAGCUUUUUUCGGUGUUGCCGAUCUUCUCUCCAGGGCCCACGCCCAAAAGCGUCAGGAGCGUGUAGCUGCGCUGUCACCCGCCGCGGUAAAGCUCCGUGGUGGCGGCAGUUUGAGCUCUUCUUUGCCCUUCUUUGACCACUUUACGCUCUCGAUGCUGCAAGGCGUGGUACGGGAGCUGCGCUUUUUGUGUUGGCCCACGGUGCUGAAUCAUCACUCAAGCAUCGUGCAGCACUCCCUGUGCCUCCCGUCAACGGUAUCCGUGGCAUCUCCGUCGCCUUCUUCAUUGGCGACACCAGCGUCAGACCAGCAGCAGCAGUGGCGUUCAUCUAGUGAGACUCUGCAUGGUGACAGCGCACAAGGCACGGCCGCAUCAUCAACGGCCGUCAGAGCUCCGUCGCGCUCCCCGCAACCUCGUGCCCCUGCGUGGAGCGACGUCAUCGCGGUUGCGCGAGCCAGCGAGCGCAGGCAGCGACUGGGCUACGAGCUACUCGUUCUCUUCUUUGGCGCUUUGCAGUGUGGGAAGGCGCUCUCGUUUGCAGCACCCGUCCCCGCCACUGCUGGCACUGAUAAGGCUGCUGCUGAGAAAAAGGCUUUGCCGCAUCGUCGGCUUUAUGAUAAGCGCCGACUUAACACCAUCUGCAUCUAUGUGCUUGACGUCGAUCGUUUCAUUACGGAGCGGAUGCGUACCUUGUGGUCGGAGGGCGAUCCGUGGCCGCUGCUGCGUACUCAGUCCUCCCCUUCGACUGGACAUGCGGCGUCACCGCCUGACUCGCGUUCUGCACUUAUGGAGCUGCUUGCAGAGCAGACUGCGCACCCGUAUGGGCUUUCUCGCUUGGCGUUCUGCGCCUUCAGCGCUUCCCUCUUACAGAGCUGGUCGACCAUGUCGCUUCACCGCGCCCAGAUCCUCAUGAUGGCCUUACAACGGGCUGUGGCAGCUCCUGCUGCACUGACACUGCGCUCGCUACUUGUCACCCCACAUCCGGACACCCAGGCAGGCUGGCAGCUUAGCGGCACCAGCUCCUCUGCCCCAUCAUCACAUGCGAUUCAGCUGGCUGCGCGCCGUGCCGAGUGGCGAGCGGUGGCGCCGGUGAUGGCCCUUUACACCGCACGCGCGUCUCCGUCUUUGUGGAGCACAAUGUGGGUCUACGUCUCGUCUGAAAUGGAGUCUCUGCCGCGGCGAGUAGAGGAGAUGAUGGUGACAGCACAUGCAAGCGCAGUCGAUAGGCACGGUGACGAUGUUGCAGCUUACGAAGAGCAACGCGGGGAGAGUGGUGGGGUGCACGCGUGCUGCAAGGAGUUAGAGGAGUUGGCGACCAUGUGCGCAUGGCUGGUUGUAAUGGCGCCGUCAGUCUGCGGCGAGCAGCCCGCUGGCGCUGGUGUUGCUAUGCCAGCUGCUGUGCAGGGGUCUGUACUGGAAUGCGUCGAUCGCGUGACGGUCGAAUUUGCGCACUGUGUCCAGGGAGUUCUCGCUAUGUGGACGCAGACUGGCGCGGGCGCCGAUGCGGCUGAGCAGCUGCUGAAUCUGUUUCCGAGGUGCCCCAGUGCCACGACAGCGCCAAUGAAAAGUCCUCCUGCAGAUGCGCAGGGGAUGGAAGAAGCGGAUGAGGCGGUGGCGCUACUCGUGCGAUUGGCAGAGACGGCGCAGGCACAUGUGUGGACCAGUGCGCUGCAUGACGCUGUGGGAGGAUGGAUCACGAAGACUCGCUGCCUCCAUGCCCAGCCGCGAGCGCUCAUGGAAACUGUUCAGCUUAUGACACCAGCGGAGGUCUCUGCCUCUGCUCCCUCCACAAUGUCAGCAGCAGCAGCAGCAGUAGCAGGGCUGUGUGUUGCAGACGAUCGUUCCCUGGCAGGUGAGACGGUGGCGAGCGUCGUCAGCGACACACCUGUGCUGACGGCACCGCCCGACUUGGAUUCGGCGCUGCUUGGCUGGUGGCGCACCAUGGCGGAGGAGGACGUCGGUCUACCGUCGGAACGUGUCUACCUCGGGCAAGUGUACACAGAGCUUCUGCGGAUUGUGUCUGCUCGCGUGGGCCUGGAGCUGUUGACCCCUUUACCAGAAAAGGCGCACACAGCGUACCCAUUGGAUGCUGAGGGAGAUUCGGGGUUGGCAGGCAAAAGCACCGGUAGGUGCGCAGUAGAGAGCUGUGGCGAGUCAAGGACGAGUUUGACGGGCAACACGUCUGUCGGCGGCGCAGCAGACCAAACCGUCUUCUCUGCCGCAGAAGUCGUCGUCAUUGUACGGGUGCUGAGCAGCAUUGCGGCACGCAGCGCCACUGUGGCGACCUUGGGCCUGCCUACGGAGCGCAUGCUCGGAUGCGGUGCGUUCGGCAAGACGUCGUCUGCUAGCUCCGCAGAGAACGCUGUGGGUGGCGAGACAACUUCUGGUAACCGUGACUCCAUCCUCGACUCGUUACGUCGCGUCGCUGUGCACGCCACUGUGGCGGCCGUAAGAGCACCGUCUACCGCAACGCCAGGUUCGACAACGUCAAGGGACGCAAGUGCGAACGGCCUCUCAACCACAACUGACGGGGGUGACAGCAGCGCCCCUAUUAAAAUUGGUGGUGCGGAGGGGACUACUGAGCAUGAUCGAGACAGUGCUGCUGUCUUAUCUGCCCAAAAGGCAGCCCAGCGCAUCGAGGAGGCACUGCUGCGCAGCUUGACAGCGCACAGCGGUGUGCUGCCGGCGGCAACGAUGGUGGAGGCGACGUGGCUUCGACUUUUCCCCUUGUCAGCGAUGCAGAAACUCAUUGAUCAUCGAGAGUCGCCUGCCACCAUUGCAGCUGACCUAGUCGCUACGCCGCGAGGCCUGUCAUUCACCGCGCCUUCGUGCAGGACCAUGAGUGGCAAGUCAUCGAACGCGCAGCCAACUGUGCACUCCGACCUCGCCAGCGCAGCAGCAACGUUGCCGUCUCCACAUUCUCCCUGUACCACCGCUGUCACAUCCGACUCGGCUCAACACCUCAAUGGGUCACUGCGGGAAUCGCCGUCGCCGUGGCUGCGCAAGUUGCACGAUGCGGUUGUCACGAACCGCCACUCCUGUCACGUCAGCAUCUGCCUUGUCUCGUCGUUGUACUCCGUCCUGGCAGCUCCGCAGGAGCGUGGUGACUCUACUCAUCCUCACUCAGCAGUCACUCGUUGCGGCAACAGUAGCGACGCGGGCAGCGCUGCCUCUGCAUCGUGCAACGAUAUCUCAGAGGCCGCUUCAUCUCGCGUGGAGAACUGUGGUGGUGGCACAGACGCGUCGUUGCUCGCCACGUCGCGUCUCCGAGGGUUCUUGACAAGACUGCGCACGAGCUGCGCCGAGGCCGUCGUACUUCUUCAUGCGAGAAUGCAGCACACUGAUCUUACGACCGCGUCCGGCAAGGGUAACGCGAAUGGCGGUGGCGGCAAUGCAUCCCAAGUGGGCUUGGCAUCAUCGGCGUCUGCAGGCGUUUCAGUGGCUGGUGAUGAUGACAACGGUGGUGCUGAGGCGAAUACGUCGCAUACGGCCGCGCCGCAGCAGGAGCAUGGACGACGCUUCUGCCACGUACUGGUGGUGGCAAGUGAGCUUCAUGAGCGCCUAUCAGCCUACACAGAAGCACUCACCUGCGCCGCAGCGAGCUGUAACAGAGCAGAGCAGCGUGAUGGCGUGGGCAAGUGGCGUACGUUCCGAAGCGGCAAGGCGGAGGGAGUGCGCCGUGAGCUCCGCCUCUUGUACACGUCUCUGCUCGAUUCGGUGUCCGAAUUUGUGCCGUAUGGCGAGCACGGGAAUGCGGUAGAGGUGAUGCAGAUACUAGGCAUCAUCACUUGCCGCAUGCCGUGGCAGCAGUACGCGCAAGAGUCACUCGCGCCUGCACUGCCUGUCGAGAAGGAUCGGCAAUCUGGCGGUCCUUCGAGGGACGAAACAGGGGUCGCUGCAGCUCCGCUUGAGAAGCGAGGGGAUGGCAUGAUGGAGGCCGGCGCUGCUGCUUGGUCGAGCGCGCCCGAAGACGGUGAUGCAGUAGGUGUUUCUGUCGAUCCCCUCCUUCUCUGCUUUAGGGAGCAGGUGACGCGGCUGAUGCCGUACGUGGAUGCUGAGGUGCUUCGGUGCACAAGGGCGCGGUCUCCCCAUUUGUUGAGCUUGGCGCUGAUCAGCAGCGCAAAAUCAUCUAUCGAGUACGCGUUGUGCAGGGUUCCAGUCAGCUCUAGUCGAUCCAUGCAUCGUUGGGAGGGGACGAGCGCCACCGCUGUGGAGGCGAUGCGUUCGGGGGCCGCCGUCGUUCUGUCACCCAUUCCCCGGAUGGCAGCGAGUAUGGGCGUCUCUGAAGGCGCCAGUCGUGAUGCCACAGGCGCACCAGCGUCAGGUCGUCUGGGACUUUCUACGCAGCCUCUCUGGUCGCAGGUCCCACUCGAGUCUCUGCUGCACCGUGUAGCUAUGGACCGGGUUGUGGCACCGCGGCACGCACUCUACCUGUGCCUGCUGGCCGUCAAUGCACCGGAGUUUUCAACGAUGCUUCUACCCCUCACCUACUACCUGCGCGACGCGCGCGCGAGGAUUUCGUGGGGGAUGCUGGAGGUGGUUUUCAAGGCUGUCGCCGUCUCUGCGGCGAACUUCCAGCGGCACAGCCAAGCAGAGAUGUUGCUACGUGAUGACCAUCCUUCGCCAUCGUCCACGCCGUCACCCGGAUCAGAUCAACUACCAGGUGGCGUUACCUCUUCUGCAGCAGGUCGUGCGAGCCCAGUCUCCGCGUCGGAGCGGCCCCGACACGGUGGGAGCGGUAGUGAUGCACCGCCGCGCGGCGGACUCGCGCUGCCGCGGUUGCCGACGGAGGGCUCGUCGCUGCGCGUGGGGGAGAUGAGGUAUCCAGGGGGUAGCAGCAGCGCGGCGUCGGUGCCACUCUUUCGCUCUGCUGCCGUACCGUCUACCAUGGGAAAUGCGCCUUUGCAGCUGCGCCACGCUUGGGGCGACCUCGCUCGCCGCCUCCUUCACGAAGAGGAUGAUGUAGCCCUGUGCGGCUUCUCACUAUGGGUGUCGGCGCUGUACUGCGGCGCUAUGGUGAACUGCGCUGGGACGCAGGUGUUCGAGCAGCUGCUGGCGUGUCUCGUCUUUGGCCCCACGACCCCAGCAGCCUCGGCGGCAACCGUCACAACGCGGAUCUCCACGCUGGACGCUGUAGGCUGGACGCUAGUGCUGGAGGCGUGCGGCACGGCGUUGGACCACCACUGCCGUCAGGCAUAUCAGACGCUGCUGAGGGACGAGUUCAUCGCUUUCCUGGAGCGCGCUGCAUCUUGUGUGCACGGUAACGGAGGCGGCGCUCCAGCAACUUCCGCCUCGUCUGUCUUAUCGUCGACAAGGCCGAUUGUUGCAGCAGCUGAGUCGUGGCAGGUGGUGCUCGACGACGAGAUUCCCUUCGCAGGGGCCUGGCGCUGUGGGCUGUUGGAGGCCAUUCCGCAGCUGUUUCUCGAGGACGCCGAGUUUUGGUGCCGCGUGAAGGGCUGUGUCGAGUCGUGGUGCGCUGUGAUGUCUCUCGACCCAGCUGAGGUGGCCAGUGGGCCGCCAUCUGCGCAAAGGAGAUCCACGUCGGCGUUGCGGCGGUCGUGGGUGAGGCAGCUACAGCAAAGUUUCAACUGGGCGGUGCAGUGCGCCGGUCAGUCAUCUCUCUCGUUCAGCGACACAUGGACUACGGAGACGGCGGGAGCAGAUGCGCAUUCAGUGGCUGAGUGGAUGCGGAUGCAGCUGGAGGCUCUGCAGACGAGCGGUAGCCCAGUGGCAAACCCGACGGUCACACCGCCGAGCACCUCCCCGCCGCGUAGGAGGCAAACGGCGCUCCUUCGUCUCUAA